AUGGCAGAUUCCAUUAGGAGAGAGAGAUCGGGUAGUGAAUUGUGGUCUACAGUUGAGGAGGUGCCAUGUCUUGGUCUUUAUUCUUAUGCAGUCUUUAUUGGAUUAAUGAUUGCCGUAUCCGUAAGGUUAUUAUAUCAUACUCACCUGAAUCUUCUUACGCGAAUACUGCCCCUGAGCUUGAUUAUGCCAAUUCGGUCUUGUUCAUCCGCAGGUAUCACAAUGUUACCUUCCCCUGCUUAUCUUCUUUUCGAUCUAUCGACUUGUGUUGAUUUGAAAAACUAUUAUAAAGUUAUACAAGAAAAGUAUAAUUGUUAA